GCGACAAGGAUGGGGGGCGCAGAGCCAGGCAUCCUCCCUGCCAGCCAGAGUAGUACGGUCCGAGGGGGAGGCUCUUUGGAGAAUGUGCAGUCUGCUAUCUGGCAGCCAGCUGAUUCCAGCAGUCAGGGGGCUCAGAUGGAGCGAAGACGGCUGAGGUGGUGGAGCAGGUUCUGCUGACAAGGGUUUGUGCAGCGCCUUGGAAAUCUGGGACAAAUCGCUCCUUUCCGUUGCCAUUGUUCGGAAAUGCAAGUCAGCGCAGCUGUUUAAGUCUCGGCGACAGGGGCGUGCAGCAUCUGGAAGCGUCUCUGCAGGCAGCCUGCCCCAGAGGAAGCUGCCGAGAGCGGGGAUCCGAUGGUUCACUUUUAACCACAUCCGUGCCUCAGCUAGAAAUAUUUACAGGCGUUUGUCACCGUUUCCCUCCAUUUUGAAAAGAAUCCCCUGGCAGCCGGAGCUGGGAAAGCUGUUCUCAUGGCGUUUAGCCCCUGGCAGAUCCUCUCCCCAGUCCAGUGGGCCAAGUGGACGUGGUCUGCUGUGCGAGGGGGGGGUGCUGGUGACGGUGAGGAUGGCGGGGCAGAUCAAGAAAUAGAGGAGGACGACUCGCAGGCAGAGACCAAAUCAUUGAGUUUCAGCUCGGAUUCUGAAGGCAAUUUUGAGACCCCUGAAGCAGAAACCCCAAUCCGGUCACCUGUAAAGGAGAUCUGUGACCCAUCGCUGGGAUUGGAUGUGGCCGAGGCCAGGACCCAAGAAUUACGUGAGGAUGAUGAACAGCUGGUAGCUGAAAUUUCUGAGACAUAUGUACCCCAGAAGCACUCCGAGGAUGAGGUGCAAUCGCCUCUUGCGGUUCGUCAAGGUGACAAGAAUUCUAAAGCAGAAACUGACUGCAAACUUGAUGAAGAUUCAUCCGUGACACGAGUUGCACCAGAAACAGAGCCGCCUUUGGGUAUUUCUUCAGCACUCACAAAAGAAACUGAUUCUCCAUCUUCAGUAGUGUCGGCUCCAGACCAGACUUUGUCAUCCAAUGUACCCACAGCUACCCAAGCGUGGGUGAUGUCAGAAGAAGACAUGGUUGUCACUCUCGAAGGGUUGGCUGAUGCUGAGCCAAAGGCUGAAACUUUUGCCCUGGAGUCAGUGCCAAGCAAGAGCAAGCUCAAGAAAGUGAAACCAUCUUCCCUUAGGAAGAAAACAGCUGGAGAGACCUCAGAAACGGAAACCGUCACGGAGGGCAUCCCUGUCCCCAAAGCAUCUUACCAGUUCAGUCUAGCUGAGUAUGAUGAGAAAAUAAAUCCCUUUGUGAUGGGAGGUUCCAAAAUACAAAACUCUCCUCCUGCAGCUCAGCAAACCUUCAUGGCUUCAAACAGUGAUACCAAUGAUUCGGGGGUGGAGUUGGCUGAGGAGUCCAGGGGCCAUGCUCUGAAGCUGGAAUUUGAUUUUACAGAUGGGGCGGAGAACGGAGAGGUCAAGAAAGCCCUGCCCAAGAAAAUCGGCAGGAAACCUGCCAGCAAACUAACUCCGAGACGACAAAGAGAAGCUGGUAACAAACCUACGAGUGCUGAUGGCCCGGAAGAGGCUUCAGCAGAGGUGCCUCUCCCCAAAGCCUUGUACCCGGUGGAUCCCAGUCAGUGGGAUGAUCCUAACUUCAACCCUUUUGGCAGCAGCUCGAACUUGCAGAACUCCCCACCCCUCCCAAAGGCUUCCUAUCAUUUUGACCCCAACAACUUUGACUCAGUGGAUCCUUUUAAACCCACCAAGAGCUUAGCUAGCACAGCUGCUGACUCCUGCCCCACAGCUGAUAACAAUCUCAAUGAAAUCCUGGAGUCUCAGACCCUGGAGGUUCAGGGCGAGGAGCUGACGAUAGGCAAAGCCUCUCCAAAGAAGGCCAAGUCACGCUUGAUAACGACUACUGAACAAGUGAAAUUUCUCUGUUUUCUGUUGAGUGGCUGCAAGGUGAAGAAAUAUGAGAUGCAAUCCCUGGUCCUGGAUGUUUGCACUCAGGAUGAAGGAGCACUGAUCUCAAAAAUCCCAGACGUUGCAAAUUGCGAUGGUCACGCUACUGACGAAGAGAAGCUGGCAUCUACAUCCUCCAGUCAGAAACCAUCCGGGCCAGAGGUGAAAGGUGAGCCAGAAGACGACCUGGAGUACUUUGAAUGUUCCAAUGUUCCCGUGUCUACCAUAAAUCAUGCGUUUUCAUCCUCAGAAGCAGGGUUCGAAAAAGAAACAUCCAAACAGAAGGAGAAGGAUGGGCCCAGCAGCACCCUGGGCGAUUCUGGACAGUGCUCAAAGGACAAAGCCAUGACGACCAGAGCGAGUGGAAGUGAAAGUCCUCUGGAAAGCGUUUGCCUCAGUGAAUCUGACAAAAAGGCCGUGCUCACUUUAAUAAGAGAGGAGAUAAUCACUAAGGAGAUCGAAGCAAAUGAAUGGAAGAAAAAAUAUGAAGAGAGCCGACAAGAAGUCUUGGAAAUGAGGAAAAUCGUGGCUGAAUAUGAAAAGACCAUUGCCCAGAUGAUAGAAGAUGAACAGAGGACAAACAUGGCCUCCCAGAAGAGUCUUCAGCAGCUCACAAUGGAAAAGGAACAGGCCCUGGCGGACCUGAACUCUGUAGAACGGUCCCUGUCGGAUCUGUUUCGGAGAUACGAGAACCUGAAGGGCAUUCUGGAAGGAUUUAAGAAGAAUGAAGAAGCUCUGAAAAAAUGUGCUCAGGAUUACUUAGCCCGGGUCAAACAGGAAGAGCAGCGGUAUCAAGCCCUGAAAAUCCAUGCAGAAGAAAAAUUAGACAAAGCCAAUGAAGAAAUUGCUCAGGUGCGCACAAAAGCAAAAGCUGAGAGUGCAGCUCUCCAUGCUGGGCUACGCAAAGAGCAGAUGAAGGUGGAAUCGCUGGAGAGAGCCCUCCAACAGAAGAACCAAGAAAUUGAAGAGUUGACCAAGAUCUGUGACGAGCUGAUUGCAAAGAUGGGAAAGACUGACUGAGCCUCGCCACCCUUUGUCCAACACUCUGCACUUGGCUGUUUUUUUUGUAAUGUUGAGCACCUUGCCUUAUUCUCCAGGAAUAAUCUCCCCUGAGCAGAGAAAAGCACAUGCGCACAGCUUCCUGCCCCACUUGGCAGCAGGAUCCCAUCACCCCAGAGGCAAAGCUGGUGUCCCAAAGGGUUCUAGUCUGAUCGUUUCAAAGGGUUUGCAGCCCCAGGUUUUUAGGGCUCAGCUCAGUUUCAUCCCACACACACACCCUGGCGUCCACAGCAUGUGGUUUUGAUUAAUUGGUUAAUCCUACAGGUGAAAUGGUUUGCCUGAAAGUGGUUUGAUUAAUUUCUGAUAUGCUGAUCCAAGUGUAUAUUCAUGUAACAUGUCAUAGCAAGUCCUGAUCCCAUGCCCUGCCAGCAGCUGGGGAGGGAAGCCCAAGUGUCUCUCUGGGUAUGUCUACACUGCAAUCUGAGGUGUGAUUGCCCAUCAGGUAGACAUACCUGCGCUAGCAUGGGUAAAAAUAGCAAUGUAGAUGCAGCAGCAUGGGCUUCAGCAAUGCACGUAGGUACCCUGGUGUGCUUGUACUGCCGUAUCUACAUCGUUAUCUUUAGCCAUGUCAGCCUGAGCUGCAGUCACGCCUCAGAUUGCAGUGCAGAGGUACCCUUGGUCAGUGCACUUUAUUGUCCUUGCACUAGGGCUUUCUGUUCUCUCUCUUCAGCCUUGGUAGGUCCUUCCUCACAGCUGCACACCUGGAUCUUCCGUCCAGACAGGUGUGCGUGCAUAUUUGGUAACAUACUUCAUACAGCUCCUCUUGGGGUUGUACCACUUCCCCGUGCUGCCCUCUAGCACCAUCAUUUCCUGAUAUUUAUUAUUAGUAUUUUAAUAGUAAUUCAAAAUAUGCAAAGCAAAACUCUUUGCUAUUGGUUCAAAAUGCUGCUGUGAGAUUAGAGGAGUGACCUCUCCCUUUGGGGACUGCAGAAGAAAGGGAGCAGGCCCUAAUUUAUGCAUAUGGUGAAUAUCCUAAAAUCCUUUUCUCCAAGUCAAUACAGAAUGCCAUUUAAAACGAUGCAAAAUGCUCUGGACCGUGUCUUGCUCUGAGAAAUGCCUUUGCAGUUUUUCGAAUACUAAAAGAAUCAGAAACUAGUACAAGCAAAGUCAGCUGCAAACAGCUAUUAAAUAAACUCACAGGUCCAAAUGGGCAGGAAACUGAAUCAUACUAGCUAUGCAAGCAAACCACUCAGUGGAACUGUAGUGUGCAUUUUCCCUUUAUUUGCACCAAUGCAGAAUUGCUGAAGCACCUUUCAUACUGCAGUAGAGACCCAGAAGUUCUGCAGGGUGACAUAUAUUUAACUGUAUGUAGAUUGUUUUUGUACCUUACUUGGAAUGCUGUUGCAUGAGCCAACAUUAGCAAUGAGUUUUACCUGUUUGCGCAUUGGCAGUGCUUUCCCACCCUGCAGAGUUGCAGCUGGUCUCAUCCAUGUGGUAUUCACUGGGGUGCAGUACCCCCAGCCUGACAGCAGUGAUGCUCACAAGCUGUAUGAACUGCUCUGUCCGUACUAAUUUCUCUUGGUCAGGGAAUUAUGCUUUGGAACCAUUUGUCUGAGGUUUUGUGCAAACCAGUCCUGACCUUCAGACACCACUCCAGAACAAACCAUGGGCUGUGCUAGACAACAGGUGUGGGGCCAGUGGGUCCUAUUUUAAAGUCCUGGGUGGAUAGUGGUGAAGUAUCAAACCAGGGAAGGAUUUGCUGUUUUGGAGCUGAGCCCUCGCUAGUGGCAGAAAUAAAAGUUUAGCAAUCCUUUUGGCUGCUACCAUUUCAUAACAAAAUCAAACCAUUCUAUUUUCUGGUUCCUAACAUGGAGCAUGCAGAGCACACGUCUUACUGUAUGAGCCAUAGUUCUAAAAUAUACUUUAUGAAAUGUAUUCUGUAUAGAGAUCAUUAUUAUACAUUUAACAAGACCAAGAUGGUGACAACCUGCCCCUAGUACAUGACGAGCUAAUGGGAGCAGUCUAGCAUGCCCCCUUUUAAAGUAGUGUCCUUCUGUGCACUGGAGAAGGUCCCUCCGAAAUUAGCCCAGGGGUAGUUCCCUUGGUGGGAUAUGGACCCCCAGCUUUUUUGCGAAUAUUGAGCUCUCUGUGGUGGCAGGAAGGGAAACCCCCCGUUCCUGUGCUGUUCCCCCAUGUGCAGUAGUUACACAGCUCUCAAGCAUGUUGGUAGGAAAGCUUGGGUCAGAUAAUCUUCAGAGGGAGAUGGGUCACCUCUGUCCAGGCAGUACGUGAGCCAACCACAAAGGAGAGCAUGCGGCCAUGACGCUCCUCUUCCUGUCAACCUCAGUGAUCAGGUUACACCAGAGGUAGCCAAAUCUGGAUGGCCGGAUGCUUUAGAACGGAUGCCAGAAUCUUUUAAUUUAUUUAUUAUCAUUAUUAUUGUUAUUUUUAAAAAUAUUUUCUCUGGAGUCUAGACCUUGACUAUACCUUAACCAAGAAAUUUUGGACCUUGACAAAAAAUAAUUGAUUGUCCCUGAGUUAUACCAUAGUUUAGGUGUGGCCAGACUGAAGUAGGACCAUUCUCUUUAGCUCACUCGUUUCCAGCUUAGCCCUUUCCAGAACGCACCUAAAUCGUGUUGUGAUUCUUGAAUAAUAAUAAAUCUUUCUUGGCAGGUGGUAGCUAGAUGUUACUACAAGUGGAUGAUGGCAAAUAGAUGAAUGAAGGGUGAGCCCCCAAAGGUUCUGUUUAGGAAAAAAGUCAAACAUUGAGAUGCAGCUCUGAACCUCUGGGGUCUGCAGAUUUGAGAGCAACCAUUCUGGGAGGAGCUCGGCAUCUCCACUUCCAGCCCCAGCAGGGAUGGGUAAAAAGUAGAGGAAAAAAAGUUGUGUGGGGAAGGAGAAUUAUCAGGUAUUUUUCAGGUCCCAAAAUAAGUUAUUUGUUAAUUUGGGUUAGUUUUGAGUUGGGCGCUAAUUUCAGGUUGUUUUUUAUUUUAUCAGGAUCCAUUUAACUCUCCCCUAGUAACAAUGGGCAAAAUUCCAGCACAAGAUCCAUGCUCCACUCAUGUCGCACAUUAGGAUUGUGGUGAGACUUGAGUAGUACUGAGUGGGCUAGUCCUCUGCACAGGAGUGAAUUUCACCCAACGUGCUCAAAAUGUUGAGUUUUCAGUAAAGCCGUUCAUAGACAUGGUUAUAAAAGAGUAGCCAGGAUCCUGGGCUGAGCUGCUUUCUGCAAACAGUGUCCGUGUUGUAGCAGAGUUUAGAUCAGUGGUUCCCAAACUAGGGCCGCUGCUUGUUCACGGAAAGCCUCUGGCAGGCCGGGCCGGUUUGUUUACCUGCUGCGUCCACAGGUUCGGCCGAUCGCAGCUCCCAGUGGCCGCAGUUUGCUGUUCUCAGCCAAUGGGAGCUGCAGGAAGCGGUGUGGGCCGAGGGACAUGCUGGCCGCCCUUCCUGCAGCCCCCAUUGGCCUGGAGCAGCAAACCGUAGCCAGUGGGAGCUGCGAUCGGCCGAACCUGCCGACGCGGCAGGUAAACAAACGGGUCCGGCCCUCCAGGGGCUUUCCCUGAACAAGCGGCGCCCCUAGUUUGGGAACCACUGGUUUAGAUAGUAACCAAAUGGCAUUGAAAACCUGCCUGGCAGCUCCAGAACCAAAUCUGAGUUUUUGUAAAACAUUAUUCUACUACCCAAUUAGAAAAGCCUAAGAAUAAACAAGAGAUUGCCACAGAACUGAGAAGAGCUUUCUUAAUAAAGCAUGUUUAAUAAAAACCCCUUUUAUGUUUGAGUUACAGCACAGAUUCUCCUCAUCCCCAAAAAAAUCCACAUAAAAAAAUUUAAAUUAUGUCCAUUAGUGCACUCUUCCUUUGUUAUGAAUAGUCAUUUGAUGUGAUCUCUGCCCUCAGAUAUGAUGCCCCAUACUAUGCCACUCAUGUUCACUCCCACCUGUGUUAAGAGAAGCGAAAAGCAGGAAAGGUUUGCUUAUUGAGGGCUAAAGUCUGGAGAUGCAGCACAUUAGGGCUCAGGGAGACUGAUUCCUCAAAUUGUAGCAUGUUUGGAGGGAGCUGUCUCUCUGUGAGGUUUUGCUCCGUUGCUCUGAGAUGAUGCGUCCUUGCAGAGAGGUUUUGUUAAACUCCAGAGAACACCACUCCAUAAAAUACAGUCAUGAGUCUCAGUAUCUCUAUAGAACUGUAGCUUGCAAAUUACAAAGUAAAUCUUUAACAAACCUCCCGCUCCUCCAAAGGUAAGAGAGCUGAAAUGCAAGACAGUUCUACAGAGAGCUCCUCCUCCCCAUCAGUAGUAAUCUGAGUUGAGAGCAUUUUCCCAUUUGUAUCUGUUCCCCAGAGUCCAGUGAUUGCACUUUCACUUUGUCUAUCAUCUGAGUGUUGUUCCAUUUCUGUGCCUCUCAGCAUGCCCUUAGAAUUUGGGCAAAUGAGAUUCCUAAGGAAUGAUUUAUUAACUAUAAUAUGGUUAUAGUUACAUAUAUAAUGGUUAUAGUUAUAUAUAAUGGAAGAUGUAUGGAACUUUAAAUCAGUGAGACUGUUUUAUCUUGUAUGCUGCUUUAUAGUGUCCAGACCCAGAAGCAAAGCUUUGGUCUAGACUGGCUCAUCAUCUGAAGACCCUUCUAUUCAGGUCUGUAAAGAUGCCGCUCCAUCUUUUGCCGUUCAGCAGCAUUUGCAGGAAGAUCUGAAAGUUGCUGCUGUUCUCUGUACAGGGAGAUAAUGGCAAUACUCGAGCUUUGCUGAGUAAUUUUUACAAGUGUCUUGUGAACACAAAACUCCUUCCCUGAUGAACAAGCCAAGAUGUAUCGCUAAUACCCGGAAACUUGCAAAUGGCCAUGCACCAAGUUCAAAGCAUGAUCUCUCUCUUUUUUCCAGUAGAAUUGCACCAUCCCUUUUAACUGUCAAAGUUGCCUGCCUGUAAAAUUAUUAAUGUUGCCGUCUACAAGUGUACAUUUGCAAUAGAUCUCUUGUCUGCAGUAAAGUGCCAAUUAAUGACCAUCCUGACUGCAAAUCUGUUUCCACUGCAUCCCUCGUGCAGUCUCUUCCCUCCCAGAGGCAGGAAGAAGAACUCUUUGCGUUGACUACUAUCAGGAUUGCUUUGUACAGUGUAUGUAACUGCCAUCUGCAUAAAUUUUAUAUGUACAAUAAUUUCCCUUUUAUAUGUCAGGUAAAUAUUUGUAAGAGUUAUACUCACACAAAUGAGAUUAUAAUAAUGAUUACUAAUAUAUUUUUUCCAUGUUUCAUUGCCUGAAUAAAAACUGUAUUUACCAUU